UGAUUGCAAUGGCGGUUGAUGGUGCUUCAAUCAUUACCCGAAGCUUAUCAGGCUCCACUCCACUUAUGGUCGCUUGUAGAAGCGUUCUCUGGUCGUCUGGUCCGUGCUCGUAGCUGCUCUGAGAAGCUCGUGUAAUAUCUAAGUCCCGUGGUCCGCGUAUGUUUCCUCUCCGAGAAGGAAGAAGUAAUCUACGUUCAGCGGUCGGAGUUGCCAUGGAGAAGCGCAAAGCCAGGCCCGGCCAGUAAGGCGAGCACUGGAAUCUGGAUCGCAUUUAGGGAAUAGAUUACCCGAGAUUUAGCGGUUUUGCCUGACGUGACUGAGUAUCCCGGUCUUCCCUCGAAGCUGCUCGCCCAAGGCUACAAGUUCUUUGCCUGAAGUAACUGACCCGGUCUUCCCUCGCAGCUCCCUCCCAGAGGCCCUUAGAGUCCCAUCUGGCUGAUCAGCAGUACGCGAGGCCGCGAGCGAGCGGCUUCAGAUGUUCGUUUGGUUCCCUGACGGAUUCAGUCAGAGUAGACGGCAUUUUUGAGGCGCCUCAAAAAUUGACGGAUUCAGUCAGAGUAGACGGCAUUUUGCACGGCAGCAGUAGUAGACGGCAGAGUGUCGGCAAGGUCCAAUCCUCGUACGCGCCUAGGAUAACUCGUUAGCAUACGUGUCGUUGGGUGUCACGAUGCGGGAUAAAAGCAUCUGCAACGCAUUCCGUCUAGCAGCCACGAGAGCUCUUAUAGGAACGAGGCACCCAACGACGCACCAUGUGGGGCACAGAGCUCUUGUUCCGAAUGUUCUCUUUCCGAAAACUCCUCAUUCCUCACCAACAUUACCGUUUGCAAGCGCAGAAGGUAGCUUAACUCGCAGAUUUGCCAGCCAUAGUAUCCUGAACGGUAACCGAAUCAACGGCGCGGAUCAAGCCAGCAGGGUCACGAUCAACGGCCGUCUUUUCUCGCUGAUCAAGAUCGUGGGAAAUCUUGCAACCAGGCGGCUUCUUCGUUCCAGCAUCUCCGGGUUUCGCGCCGGAAAAGCCGCGUCUGAUGUGACGAAAGCAGACGUAGAUGGCAUCGCGUACCGUCCGUCGAUUCUUUUCCGUCUGACACGUGGCGCGGUCGGAUUGGGCGUCGUGGGUGCCCUGGGAUGGGCUGCAAUGGGAGAAGAUCCGAUGCUUCGAUUGAAGCUCCUCGUUACAGUGCCGGUGCGCGUCGGGAGGAUGGUUGCUACAGUCGGCGCCAUGGUUGCUGAUUACAAAACGUCUCUGCGCGGGCUGCCCGCGGACAGCGAGGAAAAGGAGCAGGCGAAGAGGCAGUGCCAUUUGAGGUGUGCGGAUCGGCUGCAGGCGCUGUGCUUCCGGAAUGGAGGGAUCUACAUCAAGCUGGGGCAACACAUUGCUCAGCUGGACUACAUAGUGCCUGAAGAGUAUGUGACUGUAAUGAAGGAGUCUAUGCUGAACACAUGUCCCGUCACCCCCUACGAGGACGUCCGGCUCCUCAUCCAAUCACAGCUCGGCAAACCACCCGAGGAGAUUUUCUCCUUCUUUGACCCAGCGCCCGUUGCAAGCGCUUCUCUGGCUCAGGUCCACCGUGCGACGCUGAAGUCAGGAGAAGACGUGGCUGUGAAGGUGCAGCACGCGCACCUGCUGGACACAGCAGCAGCUGACAUGGUGUCAGUCCGGCUCGUCAUCUCUGCCUUGCAUUGGUUCUUUCCGAGCCUAGAUUAUAGAUGGUUGAUCACUGAGGUGGAGGAGAGCUUACCCAAGGAGCUCGAUUUCGUUCUGGAGGCAUCCAACGGCCGGCAUUGCAUGGCCAACUUCCAAUCCUCGCCGUCCAAGCUCUUGCGGGAGUCCGUUGCGGUGCCGAGAAGCUUCCCGGAACUUACCGGGCAGCGUGUGCUGACUAUGGAGUGGAUGGAGGGCGUGCCUCUGACUGACGUGGCACGGCUCAAGGACAUGGGGAUCAACCCUGCUGACGUGGCAAAGCUUAUCAGCACGGCAUUCGCUGAGAUGAUUUUCCGCCAUGGCUUUGUGCACUGCGACCCCCACGCUGCCAACGUGCUGGUGCGGGCUAAGAAGGGAGGACGGAAGAUGCCUGGUGGCCAUCUGGAGCCCGAGAUCGUCUUGCUAGACCAUGGGCUGUACCGACAACUAGACGACUCCCUUCGCCUCAACUACGCCCACCUGUGGAAGGCCCUAGUCCUGGCUGACCCCCGGGGCAUCAUGGAGUACAGCAUCGCCCUGGGAGCAGGGGCGGACCUGUAUGCGAUAUUUGCUGCUACGCUGACGCUGAGAUCGUGGGAGAACAUUUGGAGGCGUCUUCGGACCACCUGUUCAUUCCAGACACGGCUGAGGAGAAGAAGCACCUGCAGAAAUCCGCUGCUGCCUAUUUCAACGACAUCACACGCCUCCUAGCACGGCUGCCCCGUGUGCUGCUGCUGCUGCUUAAAACCAAUGACUGCCUGAGGUCCCUUGACACCGCCCUGGGCACUCCAGUGAACACUUUUAUGAUAACUGCUCGUGAAUGCACCCAGGCAAUUGCUGAUGCGGAUGAGAAGGCACUUAUCGCAAGAGCUCCAAAUUCCUUGGGAGUCCGUUGGAAGGCAUAUCUGAGCAAAAGGCUUCAAAUAGCACAAGUGGAGCUGCAAUUAUUGAAGCUAGAAGCCGCAGUGUGGCUUGCACACUUAGCUUCAUGGGCUAGAAGUCUUGCUCAAGGAUGGGCCGGGCACAAAAAGAGGGCAUCGCCGAAGGUGAAAGACGGUAUAUUGCUACUUGCCCCAUCAUAGAGAGUCACCUCUCGGCUGUAUUUAAUAUGGCACUAGAAGUCGUGGCAAGGAAAGGCAGUUCGUUUAUUGUACAACAGUUGUGGUAUGUAUGGUGUACUUAGAGACAUGUGAAUGUGACAUGUACGUAAAGCCACAUGGCGUAUGGAAAAAUGUAUCGAAACUAGUGUUAAAAUUAUAUAAGUUAUAAUUUUAUA